CCAACGAAACCUUGCCUUUUCAUGCCGUCGGUUGUGAAGGAAGAGUCGCUCUACCUGUGUGUUGACUUAACUUGUGUCUCCUAACCAACAAAAAGGCUUCACCACCACCGUGGACGAAGGAUUUCCCAGUAUGGCGCUGUUGAACCUCACCAUCAACUCAAGCAACCCGCCACUAGGGGCACUGCUGGCAGCCGAGCACGUGAAGAGCAGCGUGCAGGUGUCGGUGGAGGAAGGCAAAGCUACACAGCUUCAAGUCUCAGAUUUGGUCCAGUUUAAUGAUUCUAACUCCAUCUGUCGAUACCUGGCUCGAGUGGCUCCUGCUCUUGGCCUCUAUGGAGCCAACAUGAUGGAGCAGACUGAGGUCGACCACUGGUUAGAGUUCAGUGCCCGGCGGCUGUGUGGUCAGGCUGGUUUGACCGUGGCUCUGGGUGAACUGGACAAGGCCCUUUCUCUGCGGACCUUCCUGGUUGGACAUUCCCUGACCCUGGCUGAUCUCUCCAUCUGGGCUGCCCUCAAAGGUCAUGAGGAGUGGCCAGAACAGGGCAAACCGUUCUCCCACGUCAGUCGCUGGUUCUCUUUCCUGAGCUCACAGGUUCCUUUCACUUCUGUGGGCAACAAGUACAACGCCAAGAAGGCGUCAGUGGCCAAAUCCAAUACAAACGAGAAGAAGCAGGAUGUUGGGAAGUUUGUGGAACUGCCAGGAGCUGAAAUGGGCAAGGUGGUGGUGAGAUUCCCGCCUGAGGCUAGUGGAUACCUGCAUAUCGGCCACGCCAAGGCUGCUCUGCUAAACCAGCACUACCAGGUCACCUUCAAAGGCAAGCUCAUCAUGCGCUUCGAUGACACCAACCCAGAGAAGGAAAAGGAGGACUUUGAGAAGGUAAUCCUGGAAGACGUCGCCAUGCUCCAGAUCCAUCCUGACCAGUUCACAUACACGAGCGACCAUUUCCCCACCAUACUGCGAUUUGCUGAGCAGCUGCUUUCUGAGGGCAAAGCCUACAUCGAUGACACCCCUCCUGAGCAGAUGAAGCAGGAGAGAGAGCAACGCAUUGAAUCCAAAUGCAGAAAUAACACGGUGGAGAAGAACAUGCAGAUGUGGUCGGAGAUGCAAGCUGGCACACAGUACGGUCAGACCUGCUGCAUGAGGGCCAAGAUUGACAUGAACUCCAACAAUGGCUGCCUGAGAGACCCCACCCUCUACCGCUGCAAGAACACUCCCCACCCUCGCACUGGAAACUCAUACAACGUCUACCCAACAUAUGACUUUGCCUGCCCCAUCGUAGACAGCUUGGAGGGUGUCACUCACGCUCUCAGGACCACUGAGUACCAUGAUCGUGAUGAGCAGUUCUACUGGAUAAUCAAUGCCUUGCGCCUCAGGAAGCCUUACAUCUGGGAGUAUGCCAGGCUGAAUCUCAACAACACCGUGCUGUCUAAGAGAAAGCUCACCUGGUUUGUUGACCAGGGAUACGUUGAUGGCUGGGAUGACCCUCGGUUCCCCACGGUCAGAGGAGUCCUGAGACGAGGAAUGACUGUAGAGGGCCUGAAACAGUUCAUAGCAGCACAGGGUGGUUCACGGUCAGUAGUGAACAUGGAGUGGGACAAGAUCUGGGCUUUCAAUAAAAAGCUGCCAAUUAGCUGUCUGAAGGUUAUUGACCCAGUUGCUCCCAGAUUCACAGCGCUGUCCAGCUCCUAUGCUGUUCCUGUGUUCGUCCCAGAGGCUUCAGAGGAGAUGAAGGAGGUGGCCAAACACCCCAAGAAUGCAGAGGUGGGCAUGAAGGAGGUUUGGUACGGACCUCGAGUUUUGAUUGAGGGAGCAGAUGCUGAGACUUUCUCAGAGGGCGAGGUGGUCACUUUCAUUAACUGGGGCAACCUCAUCAUUACAAAAAUCAACAAAGGGACUGAUGGCAAGGUUGUGUCCCUGGAAGCCCGUCUGAACCUCGAUAACAAGGACUACAAGAAGACCACAAAGAUCACGUGGUUGGCUGACACAAACAGUGCCUCCCUGCUGCCCACCAUCUGUAUCACCUACCAGCCUCUCAUCUCCAAAGCCGUCAUCACUAAAGAUGACGACUUCAAAGAUUACAUCAAUAAAAACAGCAAGCUGGAGGAAAAGAUGCUUGGAGAUCCCUGCCUUAAGAGCCUGAAGAAAGGUGACAUCAUCCAGCUCCAGAGACGAGGCUUCUACAUCUGUGACCAGCCCUAUGAACCAGUCAGCCCUCACAGCUGCAAGGAGAGUCCCUGUGUUCUACUCUAUAUUCCUGACGGUCACACCAAGGAGAUGCCAACCACUGGAUCCAAGGAUAAGAACAAGGCCCAGGCAGCUUCCACCAACCCUCCUGCUCCAUCUACUAAGGCUGCUUCUGCUCCAGCGCCUGCUCCGGCACCUGCCCCAACCUCAGCUGGCAACCUCUUCUCUAGCAUCGUAGCUCAGGGUGAAGCGGUCCGCCAGCUAAAGGCUGCCAAAUCCCCUAAAGAAGAGGUGGACAAGGCGGUUCAGCAGCUGCUGUCUCUAAAGGCACAGUUUAAGAAAGAGACAGGUAUGGACUACAAGCCAGGCAUGGCUCCUCCCACAGCAUCUCCAGCUCCUCCCACAGCAUCUCCAGCUCCUCCCACAGCAUCUCCAGCUCCUCCCACAGCAUCUCCAGCUCCUCCCACAGCAUCUCCAGCUCCUCCCACAGCAUCUCCAGCUCCUCCUACAUUGGCUGCAGACUCCUCCUCUUGUCCAUAUACUCUUGUCACGCAACAGGGCGAGCUGGUCAGGAAACUGAAGUCAGAGAAGGCUCCCAAGGACCAGAUUGAUGUAGCAGUGAAGCAGCUCCUCGCACUCAAAGCUGAGUUUAAAAAGCUCACUGGACAGGAAUACAAACCAGGGAUGGCCCCGCCCCCCCAUGCUUCCCCUCCUUCUCCUCCAACCAACUCCUCGUCUUCUUCGACCCUGUAUGAGCGUGUUGCGCAACAGGGGGAGGUCGUGAGGAAACUGAAGACUGAAAAAGCUCCUAAGGACCAGAUUGAUGCAGCAGUAAAACAGCUGCUCACCCUUAAAGCAGAGUACAAACAAGCGACAGGUCAGGAGUACAAGCCUGGAGCAGCCCCAGUUCAACCUGCUGCUGUCCCAGUCCAGAACACCCCCACCCCCACACCUGCCCCUGCCACCACCGGCCUCUAUGAGAAGGUUUCUGAUCAAGGAGAAGUAGUCAGGAAGUUGAAGACUGAAAAGGCCCCCAAGGAUCAAGUCGAGGCUGCAGUGAAGCAGCUAUUGGCUUUAAAGGCAGAGUACAAACAGCAGACUGGGCAGGAGUACAAACCAGGCCAAGCCCCAGCGAGCUCUGCCCAGACUGGAUCCAGCUCACCAUCAACAAAGUCAGGUUCUGCUCCACAGGAGCUUUUCUCACAGGUUGCCCAACAGGGAGAGCUUGUGAGAAAGUUGAAGUCCGAGAAGGCUCCUAAGGACCAGGUGGAUGAAGCUGUGAAGACGCUACUUGACCUGAAGAGCAAGUACAAGACUCUUACUGGAGAGGAAUACAAACCAGUGGCUGCUGCUGGUGCCACUGGAGGAGAGGAGAAGAACCGCAAGGAAAAGGAGAAUAAGUCUGAGAAACAGGGAGGAGCAGCAGGAGGAGGGAAGAAGGGUAAAGGAGACAAGGCUGGUCAGGGCAAGGAGUCCUCAGGAGGAGCAGGAGGCUCAGGAGAGGGUCAAGGUCCCAAGAAACAAACACGUUUGGGCUUAGAGGCCAAGAAAGAGGAGAACCUGGCUGACUGGUACUCACAGGUCAUCACUAAAUCAGAGAUGAUUGAGUACUAUGACGUCAGUGGCUGCUAUGUCCUACGGCCAUGGGCUUUCUCCAUCUGGGAGGCCAUUAAAGAGUUCUUUGACCGAGAAAUUAAGAAGCUGGGGGUGGAGAACUGCUACUUCCCAAUGUUUGUGUCUCAGGCUGCGCUGGAGAAAGAAAAGACCCACAUUGCAGACUUUGCUCCAGAGGUUGCCUGGGUAACCCGGUCAGGAAAGACAGAGCUGGCAGAGCCUAUUGCUGUGAGACCCACCAGUGAGACAGUGAUGUACCCAGCCUACGCUAAAUGGGUUCAGUCCCACAGAGACCUGCCAAUCAAGCUCAACCAGUGGUGCAAUGUUGUCAGAUGGGAGUUCAAACACCCACAGCCAUUUUUGAGGACAAGGGAGUUCUUGUGGCAGGAGGGACAUACAGCAUUUGCCACCAAAGAAGAGGCAGCUGAGGAGGUGCUGCAGAUCCUGGAUCUUUAUGCCAGGGUUUAUGAGGAGCUGAUGGCGAUACCCGUGGUGAAAGGAAGAAAAACGGAGAAGGAGAAAUUUGCAGGAGGAGAUUACACUACAACAGUGGAGGCCUUCAUUUCUGCCAGUGGCCGAGCCAUUCAGGGUGCCACAUCCCACCAUCUGGGGCAGAACUUCUCAAGGAUGUUUGAGAUCAUGUUUGAAGACCCAAAGAAGCCUGGAGAGAAGGAGCUAGCUUACCAGAACUCCUGGGGUAUUACAACCAGGACCAUCGGUGUCCUCACCAUGGUCCACGGAGACAACAUGGGACUCGUCCUCCCACCUAGAGUCGCCUGCCUGCAGGUCGUUAUCAUCCCGUGUGGAAUCACUGCCUCCCUACCAGAGAAGGAGAAGGAUGUGCUGUUGGCCCAGUGCUCUAAAUAUCUGAGCAGGCUGCAGGAUGCUGGAGUCAGAGUGAAAGUUGACCUCAGAGACAACUAUUCCCCAGGGUGGAAGUUCAACCACUGGGAACUUAAGGGGGUUCCUAUUCGUCUGGAAGUGGGCCCUAAAGAUUUGCAGCAGCGUCAGUGCGUCGCAGUGAGGAGAGACUCUGGUGCAAAGAUGACAAUUCCAGAGGCUGAGGUGGAGAAGAAGCUGACUACCAUGUUGGAGGACAUCCAGAACAGUCUGUUUAGGAAAGCUUCUGAUGACAUGAAGAACAACAUGGUGGCUGUAGACACAAUGGAACAGUUCCAGAAGGAACUGGACCAGGGCAAGAUUGUCCAGAUCCCGUUCUGUGGAGGAAUAGAGUGUGAGGACUGGAUCAAGAAAACCACUGCCAAGGACCAGGAUCUGGAGCCUGGAGCUCCAUCCAUGGGCGCCAAAAGCCUCUGCAUCCCCUUCUCUCCCCUGAAGAAGUUGCAGCCUGGACAGAUGUGUGUCAGCGGCAAGGAGCCUGCCCAGUACUACACCCUGUUUGGACGCAGCUACUAAAGGCCUGCUCUGCUGGAGCACUGGGAUGGACAUCGCAAUCAAAUGGGCCUUGCUACUAUUUCUCAACUUUUCCAUAGGGUUCUUGUGGUUGUUGAUGUUAAGUGGUGUGGAGGUGACGGGACUAUGGGAUUUAAAAUAUUUGUUUUUUUUUUUAUAAACGUAUGUUGACACUGUCCUAUUACAGUUAAUUCAUAUGGAGGUGAUAGAGACUAUUCACUCAUAGAAAUCUGUCUCCAGUGAUGCUGAAUCCUUCCUAAAUGGCUGAUUACUGUCUAAAGACUUAAAGAACACAAACUGUCCCCAUCAAGUGUCUAAUAUGACAAGUAAAAUAGGAAAAACAUUUUGUCCGUACUACUUUGUUGAGGACGAUUAGGCUUUAUAAAAUGAGCAGUACUAAUGGAAAAAGCCAAACUCCUCCUCCAGUCCAUUGUCUUGGACCCAGACUGUCUCAGGAACUCUGCAGCUACUCGCACCACUUGUAUUUGGACAUUGUUUUCACUGCUUUGUCACCCUUUUCUGCCUAUUGAUGGUUACAGUACGUGGCUCACAGCCUAAUGCAACUCGUUCAGAUCCAUCCGCGUCAAACCAUGUGCGUCUAUUAUGAAGUAUGUGGUUCAUAUGCAGUAGCGUGGCUUCAUGACACGCCUCUACUAGUUGUCUGUAAUAAACCCAUUUCUUUUGCAAACUGU